CCUUGCCGCACACUGUUCGUAGAAAUGUGCAGGAAUCGGUGAGGAAAAAACCUGAACACUUUUUGCUUGCUUAGCACGACGCCUCCCUCUCUAAUAUCUUUUUCUUUUUUUCUCAAAAGAAAAAAGACAAUUUAAGCGAUCUUAUUGAACUUGCGACUAUCAAUAUUUUAGCUCCAAAUGGGAAGAUACGGAUGGCUGGCAACUCUAUGCCGGCGGCGACAUUUGCUAUCAUCUGCGGCCGUAGAAUCAACCGUCAAUAGAGGACAUUGGCACCGGAAAAUAUCUACAUUACGCCAACACCUUUGUCGUGAUCGAUGUUUUCACAGUUGUAGUUUCGUUAUUGCGAAAAGGAGUGGUUGUUUAGGGACAGCUGAAAUGCAGUCAUUGAAGUGCAGAUAUAUUCAUGCUACAGGAACUUGUAAUGCAAAGGAACCUAGUUACUAUGAAAUACUUGGUGUUUCUGAAAAUGCUAGCCAAGAUGAGAUUAAAAAGGCUUUUCAUUUGCUUGCCAAGAAAUACCAUCCAGAUGCUAAUAAAAAUAAUCCUUCUGCAAAGAGGAAGUUUCAAGAAAUAAGGGAAGCUUAUGAGACACUGAAAGAUUCUGAGAAGAGGGCACAAUAUGAUACGAGGCAUGCCAGAAGUUCAGAGAAGGUAGAAUAUGGUGCCAACUUUGCUGAUUGGUUUGGACAUGGUGCUGAAGAUGCUGCAAGGUUUAGAUAUGGUGCUGGUAAUGGAAAGGGGUUUUCUUAUUCCUAUCAAACUAAUUUCUCUGAUUCAUUCCAUAAAAUUUUCUCUGAGAUUUUUGAAGAUGCCAACCAGUCUGCAUCUGACAUACAGGUGGAGCUAGUUCUCUCUUUUACUGAAGCUGCAAGAGGGUGCACUAAGCACCUCUCUUUUGAUGCAUUUGUUCCAUGUGAUUCAUGUGAUGGGCGUGGCUUUCCCAUUGAUGCCAAAACAAGAGUAUGCCCAGCUUGCAGAGGCAUAGGAAAAAUCACAAUUCCUCCAUUUACGUCAACAUGCAGCAGUUGUAAAGGGUCUGGCCGAAUCAUUGAGGUUAGAUGUGAAUUCCUGAAAACAAGCUUUAACCUUCUCUGUAACUAUUUGUGGUUCAAUUAUAUUUGCCACAGGAAUACUGCAUGUCUUGCAGAGGAUCAGGAGUGGUUGAGGGCGUCAAAGAAGUUAAAGUUACUGUACCAGCAGGUAUUGAUUCUGGAGAUACAAUCCGUGUGCCAGAAGCUGGUUGAAGAUGAUCCUGUCUUUACCAGGGAUGGGGUAGAUGUCUAUGUGGAUGCUAAUAUUAGCUUUACCCAAGCUAUCCUUGGUGGUAAGGUUGAUGUACCAACUUUGUCAGGAAAGUUCCAAAUAAAGAUACCAAAGGGGGUUCAACCUGGACAACUGCUGGUACUAAGAGGCAAAGGACUACCGAAGCAUGGUUUUCUCGUAGAUCAUGGUGACCAAUUCGUGCGAUUUCGCAUUAACUUCCCCACUGCAAUAAAUGAACGCCAACGUGCUAUAUUAGAAGAAUUUGCUCUGGAGGAGAUAAAUAAUGAAAAUGGUACCUCAAAUGAAGGAAACUGGCUUUAUCAGCAGCUAUCUACUGGUUGAACUUACAGGUGGCAGCAUCUGCUUGAGCGUGUGACGGAACCUGUAUUUAUGCUUGAAUUUUCUGUGUUCAUAUUAUUCCUGCUGUUUCUUCACAAAAUCAUGGGAUGAAUGCUGACUCAAGUGGCAUUCAGCGGGUGUAUAUAUGCUGAAAUCUUCAUUCUUAUAAGAUAAUUCAUCCUUAGUGGAAGGCCUACUGAUAGAAGAAUAAACUCAGAAGAAAUCAGACACUUCUUACAGAUACAUGUUUCUCAAGAGGAGCUGAGAAGAAUGAUUAAUUACUUUUCCUUCAAUUGGAACACUGCCGCGAUUCUCAUCUUUUGUAAAUGUGAAUACCAUAACCAUAGACGUUGGUGCAUGCAAGGGCAAUUUUCUUUUGCACACAAUACAAGGUUGGCUCAUAAAAGGGCAUAAGCGUGCUUACCCGACAUAAUGCCCCAUUGUUACUAAGCGACAAUUGGAUCUAACAUCUCAGAUUGGUAAAAUAUUUUUUACAUA